AUGAUGCGGUUACAGUCCCUCAUAGUAUUCCUCAUCACAUUUAAUAUCGUCGCGAGUGAAAUAAAAAAUGUAGGAUGGUGGAAGAAUGCAGUGUUUUAUCAAAUAUAUCCUAGGAGUUUCAAAGAUGCUGACAAUGAUGGGAUUGGUGACCUGAAAGGGAUAACCAGUAAACUAACGCAUUUAAAGGAAACUGGGAUCGAUGCCGUCUGGCUGUCCUCAAUCUACGCUAGCCCUAUGGUAGAUUCCGGUUACGACGUUUCCGAUUUCCGGAAAAUCCAUCCCCAGUACGGAAAUGAAACAGACCUCAUCGAUUUGGUAAAGAGAGCUAAGGAAUUGGGAAUAAAGUUGAUUCUGGAUUUGAUACCCAAUCACACAUCCGAUAAACAUCCUUGGUUCGAAAGAAGCUUAGCAGGUAUUGAGCCAUUCACCAAUUACUACAUCUGGCGUAAUGUUACGAGUGACGGCAAACCUCCAAACAAUUGGCUCAGCGUUUCUGGACAAUCAGCUUGGAAAUGUUUUCCCAUCCGAAAAAAAUGUUACCUCCAUCAAUUUCGUGAAGAAGAACCAGACUUGAAUUACCGGAAUGAGGGAGUCCGCAAAGAAAUGGUGGAAAUUAUGAAGUUCUGGUUGGCUAAAGGCAUAGAUGGCUUCCAUAUCAGUGCAGCUCCUCAUUUAUUCGAAAUCGGGGAUUUCCGAAAUGAACCCCGAACAAACAUUACCGGUGCAACCGACGUGGACUACAGCUACUUGCAACAUAUCUACACUAAAGACCAGCAUGAAACAUAUGAAUUGAUUAGAGAUUGGAAAAAGGUUCUGGAUGAUUACGCGAAUUCUACUAAUACCGAUGAGAAAGUACUAAUGACGGAAGCAUACACCACUCUGAAGAACAGUACAAAGUACUACGACUCUGGCGUUCAAGUUCCAUCCAACUUCUUCUUUAUAACUGAUGUAAACAGCACUUCUUCUCCAGAUAAAUUCAAAAGCAUUAUUGAUGCAUGGCUCAAUGAAACAGCAUCACGAAGCGGAGCAGUUGCCAAUUGGGUGAUGGGUACCCAUGACCAUAGCAGAAUUGCGACAAGAUUCCCAGGUCACAGCGACCAGAUGACAAUGCUUGCAAUGAUAUUACCAGGAGUCGCAGUAAUAUAUUACGGUGAAGAAAUAGGAAUGGUGGAUAAAUCGGAUAUCACCUAUGGAGAUACGCAAGAUCCGAUAGGGCACAUCGCUGGACCAGAUAAUUAUAAAGAGUAUUCACGCGAUCCCAGCAGAACUCCAAUGCAAUGGGAUAAUAGUACAAAUGCUGGAUUCAACAAUGGAACUAAACCUUGGCUCCCCAUACAUCAGAAUUACGUCGAGAUCAACUUGGCUGCUCAGAAAGUUGCGAAUAAUUCUCAUUAUGAUGUCUAUAAUAAAUUGAUCAUGUUGAAGAAGACGAGGAGAGCGAUUAUUUCAGGAACCGUACAAAUUUUCGUAUCAUCUGAUAAGAAAUCUCUGUUGGUUGUGAGAGCUGCGAAGAAUGAGGCUAUUAUCCUAGUGAGCAAUUUGUCUAAGAACGAAACUAUUACUGUGGAUGUGGUGAGCCAUGUAACCUCACUUAAUCCGACAGCUACGGUCGAAGUUGCAACUCUGGAAUCACCGAUCAAACAAGGAUCAUCUGUGAACCUGAGAGCGUUGAAAGUUGCGCCCCAGCAAUCUCUAGUCCUAUCCACGAAGAUGAACUCGACAGAUGAACUUGACUCACACAAACCUCCAUCCAAGGGGGGAAAGAAAAAUGCUAGUGGAACAAUUGCAUUAUCUUCUGUUCUAUGUGUUUCCGUACUACUUACAGCAUUAUUAGAAUUAUCUCACUAGUUUUCAAGAUAGCGCACAUAAUCAUCAUUUUUUGACACUUUGGAACACACUCCAGGAUUUUUUUUAAUAAUAUAUUUUUU